CAGAGGGGAAACUUCCACUGACAAGUCAAUGUGUCGCAAAUGGGAAUGAGCAAGAAGACGCGCAACACCUUGCAAGUGGAAAAAAUCAAACUUUGCAAAUAGUAUGAAGAGGAACAUGAUUAUCUCGUGGGAAGCAAGUUAACUUUUUUUCGCAUGGUAAUCUGUUGUUGAAUUUUUUUUUCGAGGGAUUAAAUUAAGAACGAAAAAUUGGAUUAUUUGGAUUAUUUAUUUGAAUUGAUUUUAAUGAGUCGCCUAUCUACCCAAGCGAGGAUGUUGAGCACGACCACCGCAGGAUACAUGCAAGUUAACAACCUGUGCUGAUUUGUCAAGAACACCUAAUUGAAAAUGAAUAUAACAGACCAGUUUAACAUGACAAAUAAUACUACGGGAAGUCCGCCAAAUGUCCCAACUAUCCCCGUUAUAAUGUUUAUAUUCGGGGUGGUUGGCAACGCGAUAGCCAUCGUUGUGCUUUGUAAAUCAAGAAAAGAGCAGAAGGAGACAACAUUCUACACGCUGGUUUGUGGACUCGCCGUAACCGACCUUCUGGGAACCUUGCUUGUUAGCCCUGUCACCAUCGCUACCUACGUGAAAGGAUCGUGGCCAGGAGGACACGUAUUGUGUCAGUAUUCUGGAUUCAUCCUUCUUUUCUUCUCUGUGGCGGGCCUCAGUAUAAUAUGUGCCAUGUCAAUCGAAAGGUACAUGGCUAUUAACCACGCGUACUUCUACAGCCAUUAUGUUGAUCAAAAACUUGCAGGCUUGACUCUUUUUGCCAUUUAUUUCUCAAACAUCAUGUUCUGUGCCUUGCCGACCAUGGGACUGGGACAGGUACAGAAGCAGUACCCAGGUACUUGGUGUUUUAUUGACUGGAGAAGUAAUGUGAGUAAGGACGCGGCGUUCUCAUACAUGUACGCUGGUUUCAGUUCUUUUCUGAUCCUUGCAACGGUCAUCUGUAACAUACUGGUGUGCGGGGCACUGAUCAUGAUGCACAGAAGGUUUGUCCGCAGAACGUCGCUCGGCACCGAUCAGAGAAGGAUUGCAGAACUCCGAAGGAGACGGAGUUUCAGACGUAUGGCUGGGGCAGAAAUUCAAAUGGUCAUUUUGCUAAUAGCUACAUCCGUGGUGGUCCUUAUUUGUUCAAUACCCCUAGUGGUGCGAGUGUUUGUUAACCAGCUCUACAGAACCCCGGUUGAGAUGAGGAGAGAAAACCCUGACCUCCAGGCCAUUCGCAUUGCCUCAGUCAACCCCAUCCUGGACCCCUGGAUCUAUAUCCUGCUCCGCAAGGCUGUGCUCCUCAAGCUCAUUGAGAAGGUGAAGUGCCUGUUCUGCAGGAUCGGGGGUCAGCGGCAGCAGAGGCCAGGGAACUUCCGCUGUAUCGAUGGCCAGCGAUCAUCUUCUGUCAUCUCCCGCGACUCCCCUUCCCUGGUCUGCCGGGAGCUGAGGGAGGUCACCAGCACCUCUCAAACAUUCUUGUACUUGCCUGAGACAAGUGACAGCUUUUCUGGCAGCUUUCAGAUGGGGCAGGCGGGGCUGGGGCCCUCUUUGGAGCGUGGUUCUCUCAAAGACUUUGCAGGAUCUAUGUCCUCAAAUGUAAACUCUUUGGACUGCAGGACUUCAGAAGAGCAGCAUGCUCAUGUAAGCCUCUCCAACCCCAACAGGCCUUCUUCAUAUUCAAAGGACCAGCCUGUACAUGUGAUUUUCACAGGAGAAACAUUGAACUUGGCAGAGAAAUGCAUAUAGCUCCCCUCAGAGUUCGACACAUCGGUAACGACAGGGAUGAAUCUUUGGCAGCUGACAAGGAUGAUGCAAUCAUGACAUGUGACUUCAGUGCUUUUGGGCCACACAGGCUGAAUUGACAAAAGGUUACUGAAGCUUUUCUUUGUGGUGCCAAUAAAUCAGAGGUUAAAAUGGAAUUGCAUUUGCCAAAAUUUCACCAGAUUUCAGUUUUGUUUGAAAUUAGGAUUCCACCUUGGAAUUUACAUAGACUGAACAAAGUUGUGUGUGAAUGAUGAGAAUGAGAAUUGGUACUAAUUACUAUUUUCCAUUUCUCAAAGCGAAAACAUAUUGAAGAUAUUCAUAACAUUAGGAUUCUUCUACAUCAGAAAUAUUUUAUGUUUUAGAUUCUCAUAUAUAUUUUUUGUACCUGACACACACACACUCACACACACGUAAGGUACAGAAUGAAUGUACUAUGUACUACGAAUCCAAGGGAGUGAAUAUGUCAGAUGGGAGACAUGAAAAUCAUCUUAUAGUUUCGUGUCAUUUUAUGAAAACAUUGCACUUUUAUAUAACCACUGAAUUGUUAGGCAAUGUGUUUGUCGGAAAGUAUUUGGAGCAAAGUUUCAAUCAUCACUUUCCAAACAACCUGUUGUUUAAACAUAUUUUACUGGUGUUAAAAUGUGAACUUCAUCCAGUUAAAUUAUUUCUACAUUUAAAUUCUUCUCUAUGAGAAGGUGUAAACCAAGUAUUUGUCUGUACGUUUCAAAUAGGAUAAAUCGCCAUUUUAUUCAACAUUUUCACACAUUUCAACUUUUACGCCACCAGUUCUUAGCAAAUAUACACCACAUCUCUGUCCAUGAACAGAGAUCCAGUAAAACUAGAAUAUACAGUAAUCAUUUACAGAACUUAUUCCGUAAGCAUACUGUAGUGACCAUAAUACAUAAUAAAAUAGUUUCACUUGAUCAAUUUACAAAUAAGUGCUAUAAACAUUCCUUUCCAGUUUCCUCAGUAUAAUAACUGUUAUUUCCAUAAGACUGAAGCAUUUCACGGUUGCUUCAUAUGAGAAGGAGGAAAUUCAAUGACAGAUAUUCUGUUAUCACACCUUGUACAGAGAAUUCAUAAGCUGAUGUACUAAAAUGGUUGCUGCUUCUGUGCAUGUCAGUUGCUCAUUGUAAAUCGGUAGAUUACCUGAUAAAUGAAAGCCAAACCAUUAUGUGGUGAAAUAAAGAUCAAUUUUGAAGAAAUGAAAGUG